CACAUCAAGAGGCCAAUGAACGCUUUCAUGGUGUGGUCCCAGAUAGAGAGGAGGAAGAUCAUGGAGCAGUCCCCGGACAUGCACAACGCCGAGAUCUCCAAGCGGCUGGGCAAACGCUGGAAAGCCCUCCAGGACGCCGAGAAGAUCCCCUUCAUCAAGGAAGCCGAGAGGCUGAGGCUCAAACACAUGGCCGACUACCCGGACUACAAGUACAGACCCAGGAAGAAGGGGAAAAGCGGGACUAUCGCCAAGAUGCUGAGCAAGAAAGUGGCGUCGGUCAGGAAGAGUCUGAGCAGCAAAGCGCAGAGGGGGAGAGGACCUUCCAAAGCCAAGCCGGCUUGGAAGCCAAAGAGAAGCGGCCCCAGUGGGGGGACGGAGCCGGCGAGGGGCUUGUUGGAGAGUCACCUCGCUGAGCGGGACGAUCCCAGGAAACCGAGUCCGGGCCGGGAGAGCGGCGGGCGCCCUGCGUUCACCGAGGAUCCCCGUGGCCAAGAGGAAGAUUACGGUUUGUCCCCGGACCCCCCGUCCGGCGAGCCUUGCGGCGCAAAUCCCAUGGAGGAGCUCGCCCACCCGGACCCGGGCUCUGCCGCAGACGGGAGAGCCUCGGAGCACCUGCGGGACGCCAGGUCCCCCUCGCCCACCUCCACCAGGUCGCUGUCUUCGUCCCUCGCCUCCUCUUGCUCGGACGAGGAGCUGGAAGACGAGAUCCUGGACAUCGUCUCGGACGCGAACUUUGAGAACCUGGCGCUGGGCACCUUGGACGCACUUUCCCUGGAUAAGGACGUGGAAAUCUUCCACACGAACUCCGCGUCCCAUUUUGAAUUCCCAGAUUACUGCACUCCAGAAGUUAACGAAAUGAUUUCGGGAGACUGGUUAGUGUCCAGUGUCUCUGACCUAGUAUUUACCUAUUGA